UAUUUUAUAAUUGUUUGUGUCAGAAAGCGUCAAUUUUCACCUCGCGAUAUAAACCAAGAAUAACGUGAAUUUGCUGGGAACGUGAUAAAAAUAGAGGCUUGAACCGUUUUAUUCGGUGUAGCCAGUAAAUAUAUUAUUAGAACAAUGGAAACUACUGAAAACGAAGUUUCAAAUGGAACUGUUGAACCCAUUGUUAAUGGCGCCAGCACAUUAACGCUUCCUGAAAAGGUUAUAGAAUCCGAAGAUUGUCUCCCAAAUCCUGAAAAUAAUGUAGAUGACGCAGCCAUAAAAACAACAAAUAAAGAAAAUCUGGAGAAUCAAGAAAUUACCCACAGCCCCAGUGUUAUUGAUAAGACUGCAGAGAACUCAACGAAGUCACGCUCACCAAGCCCUCAGACACCAGCGUCUCCCACUAAAUCAGAUGCUAUUAACGAAAAAGUAGAAACUGAAAGUAUAAAUAAAAAUAGCCCAAGAACAAAAAGUCGUAGUCGAAGUGGCAGCCCAAACACAAAUAAUGUGCCAGCUGAAAAUAGCACAGAAAGCAAUAGAAUUAGCCGUAGCCGUAGUAGAAGUGUAAGUGCUGCAUCUAAAGAUGGUUCCAUAAAAGACGCAGGAAGCAAAUCAAAGAAUAACGAUAGAAAUGGAGGUUCCAUAGAACGUUCCCGAUCGCGGAGUGGCUCGAUUCGAUCUCGAAGUGGUUCAAAAAGACGAAGCCGAAGUGGAUCAAGACGUUCCCGCAGUGGAUCACGCCGUUCGCAUAGUGGAUCGAUUCGUUCUCGCAGCCGCUCAAGAAAAUCACGAAGUGCAUCACGUCGUUCACGAACGGGUUCUCAGCGUUCGCGCAGUGGAUCUGUACGUUCUCGCAGUGGUUCACGCCGUUCUCAUAGUGGAUCCGGGCGAUCACGGAGUGGAUCUAGACGCUCUCGUAGUGGAUCCGUGCGAUCGCGCAGUGGAUCCAGACGUUCUCGAAGUGGUUCAAUUCGAUCACGUAGUGGUUCCAGACGUUCACGCAGCGGUUCGAGAAGAUCCCGAAGUGGUUCAAGACGAUCGCGCAGUGGUUCAUAUCGCUCACGCAGUGGUUCAAGACGAUCGCGCAGUGGUUCAAGACGAUCACGCAGUGGCUCAAGACGAUCACGCAGUGGUUCUAGGAGGUCGCGAAGUGGCUCUGCCCGAUCUCGUAGUGGGUCCAGACGUUCGCGCAGUGGUUCUCGUCGGUCUAGGAGUGGUACUCGCUCACGUAGUGGAUCACGUCGUUCGCGUAGUCGUUCAGCAAGAUCUCGCAGCAGAUCUGGUAGUCGUAGUAGCCGAAGUAGGAGUCGCAGCCAUUCUAAGUCUAGAUCUAGAUCACGAUCUGUCUCAGUUGCACGCUCCAGAUCGAGAUCACGUAGUCACUCCAGAUCAGUAUCUAGAUCGCGUUCGAGGAGUCAUUCACGAUCGCCCUCCGUUGUCAAGAAGAGUAAAAAAAGAAACAUACUAAGCGAUUCUGAGGAUGAAGGCCCUUCGACUACACAAAAGCGCGCAAAAAUAACAGACACAGACAAUGAGGACGAAGAUGAGGAGAAAGAUAAAGCGGUUACUGAGGGUACUGAAGGCGAGUCUGCACAGAAAAAAGCCGAUGAAAGUUCUGAUGAUGAAAAUAUACCAAUUGACGAUAGCCGAGAGAAUGACAACUUCGUCUCGGACUUUGAUGCCAUGUUACUACGUAAAAAGGAAGAAAAGCGGGUACGUCGUCGAAAGCGUGAUAUUAGCUUGAUAAAUGAUAACGACGACCUAAUCGAUCAGUUGAUAGUCGGCAUGAAAAAUGCAGCAGAUGAAGACCGUCAAUUGAACAUGGAAGGCAGACCCGCAACGAAAAAGAUUUCAAUGCUUAAGAUGGUUAUGUCACAGCUUAUUAAGAAAGACUUACAAUUGGCCUUUCUGGAACACAACAUAUUAAACGUGUUAACGGAUUGGUUGGCACCACUACCAAACAGAAGUUUACCUUGUGUCCAAAUACGUGACAGCAUUUUAAGAUUACUAGCAGAUUUUCCCACCAUUGAUAGAAGUUAUUUGAAACAAUCGGGAAUUGGAAAAGCUGUCAUGUAUUUAUAUAAGCAUCCACAAGAGACGAAACCAAAUCGCGAACGUGCUGGCCGUCUAAUAUCAGAAUGGGCACGACCGAUUUUCAAUUUGAGUUGCGAUUUUAAGGCGAUGUCAAAGGAAGAACGACAAGAGCGCGAUUUAGCACAAAUGCCACGUCGACAGAAAUCGCCAGAACCGCAGCCAACAACAUCAUCGAACAAGAAGAAGGGUUUAAACUCUGCUUUUGCAAAUUCUGACGAAAAGCCACUACGUCCAGGUGAUCCUGGUUGGGUAGCCCGUGCACGUGUACCCCUACCGUCAAAUAAAGACUACGUCGUACGACCGAAAUCAACUGUCGAAGGAGAAAUUUCAUCGUCGACGAAACGUAAACCAAAUCGUUUCGAAAAGCACAUGAAAAAGUUUUUGGACGCUAAACGGUUGAAAUCGUCAAGACGUGCUGUUGAGAUCUCCAUUGAAGGAAGGAAAAUGGCACUAUAAGAUGUGUACCGCGUCGUGUGGUCGUAAUCAACGUUUCUAAAGUGAUAGAAAAUCUACUACAAUAACAUGAAUGUAUUAUCUGUCCCAUGUACUAUUGUAAUUGUUCUACUACUCUUUAUAUGCCUAAAGCUAACUGCUGGAUAUUGCUUACUGAAGAACCCAUCAAGAGGCAUUAGAACAAAUAUGUAUGUUGAAAUACAUAUAUCACAGCGUUUUGGAGUAUUUAUGAAUAUGUGUACCCAUCGUGGUUAAUGAAAUUUAAAUAAAUAUAAAUCUAUUAAAAUUA